AGCUGUCCGGAUGCCAGGCCGUCGGCGUCGCCGCGUGCGCAUGCGCGGCGGGCGCCCAGAGCGUCUAGGAGGAGCGGCGGCGCUGGCCCGCUGCAGUAGCGACCACAGCGGCAAGCCGAGUGGACCAGCAGACGACCAGCGAGAAACCAGCAGCGAGCAGCCAGCAGCAUGGUGUACGAGUCGGACUUCUACACGACCCGCCGGUCCUACAGCCGGCCCAGCUACUCCACAUACUCCGUCACUUACGAACCUGCCCAUCUGUAUCCGGGAUACGGAAAGAGGCACCCCGUGGAGUGUUCCGCUGCUGGGGACUAGCUCGCUUGUGAAUGCUGAGAAUAACACGGGCCAGACGUACCACCACAUCAUCCCGUACGCGGGGCACAUGCGGCUGACGGCGGUGUCGGCGCCCACCUUCUCGACGCGCACCAGGCCCUCCGUCAUCAUGGCCGAGAUCGACCGCAUCAACCACCGCCUGCGCCCGUCUCUCGCCUACCAGCCCGCCGAGGACUUCCUCAACUCCAGAUCCAUCGUGGUCGCUGCCCUGUUUGCAGACGGCCGUCGCUUCUGGCCCGCUCUCUUGCUGACCCGCUGUAGGCAGGACAGUUUCCGUUUGUUGCAGUCGUUCGACGACGAGGCGCGCGCCAUCCGUGGCCAAGCGGCGCACCUGCUCAAGCGCAUCCACACGCCGGUGCCCAGGGCCCUGAGGCCGCUGCCCGUCAUCACCACGGGGUAUGAGUACGAGGAGCUGCCUCUGCCGCCGCGCAUCACGUCUGACAUGUACAUCCAACGGCUGCUGGGUCUGCGUGACGUGCAGCACGAAGUGCUGAGCCGGUCCUACUACAACGAGCCAGGCUCUCGCGCCAACAUCGGCAAAGGCCACCUGGCGUGCGUCACGUACGCUGGCGGGAAGGCCUUCUCCAGGCGGCGACCACUCGCUUCACAUGAGAACAACGGGGACUACAUCAGGAACAACGUCAAGAUGCUGUCGCACUACGAGAGAAUGCGUGAGGCCGCCAAGAGCCCAGUAGUCGAGGAAAAAGUGUUUCCUGGGGAAUCUCGUAUUGCCAGAGGUCCAAGACCUGUGAAUAGCGGUUACUACAGACCAACAAAUGACCCUGGUAAGGAAUAUGCAGAGGCACUGGCAUCUGCAGCGGUAGCCACAGCAAAUUUCAACAUGCACACAGCUGCCCUAGAGGAGAAUCGCAAAAACAAGCAAAAGAGAGAAGAUGCACGACUUGCAUCUGCUGCUGAAGAACGAGAUAAGGAAGGUGAAUCAGCUACUGAUGGUGAAUCACAAUCUGAGCAAGUACAAAAGAAGCUGGAGGAAGAAGUAAAGAGGAAGGCAGAAGAGGAGGCCAAGAGGAAAGCAGAAGAGGAGGCCAAGAGGAAAGCAGAAGAAGAAGCCAAGAAGAAGGCAGAAGAGGAAGCCAAGAAGAAGGCAGAAGAGGAAGCCAAGAAGAAGGCAGAAGAGGAAGCCAAGAAGAAGGCAGAGGAGGAAGCUAAAAAGAAGGCAGAAGAAGAAGCAAAGAAAAAGGCAGAAGAGGAAGCCAAGAGAAAAGCAGAAGAAGAAGCUAAAAAGAAGGCAGAAGAGGAAGCCAAGAGAAAAGCAGAAGAGGAGGAAGCAAAGAGAAAAGCAGAGGAGGAGGAAGCCAAGAGAAAGGCAGAAGAAGAAGAAGCCAAGAGAAAAGCAGAAGAAGAGGAAGCCAGAAAGAAGGCAGAAGAAGAAGCCAAGAAAAAAGAGGAAGAGGAAGCAAGGAUAAAGGCAGAAGAAGAAGAAGCCAGAAGAAAGCAAGAAGAAGAAGAAGAGGCAAAAAAGAAAGCAGAGGAGAGUGAACCUGCAAAGGAAGAGGAUAUAGAAGAUAUAUGGGCUGGUGUAGACGAGGACAUGCCUCGAAAAAAGGUAGUACCUGAAGUAGUAGCAGAUACUGCAGAAGAGGAGGCACAGCCUGCUGGUGAUCAGACAGAGAGCAAGCCAGCAGAAGAGGAGCAAGUAGACCAGGGUCCGGAACCCGUCGUGGAGGAGCCUACCUCGCCAGAGACCCCAGCUCCCACUGAGAAGCCAGAAAUAGAAGAAGUGCCAGCUUCAGAAGAAGAAUAGCAGAAUUAUUUCAAGAACUGAAAAUACAUCCCAUUUAAGACACUGACAGAGAUGUGUUACUUUUCUAAGUGUGUUUGGUUGUUGUUCUCUUUAUUGUAAGAUUCUUCUCAGUGGUUUGCUGGAACUGGAUGUAGAGUGUACUCUUUCAGAGGUUUUUUGGGUGUCAUUCUGUCAAAGUGGCUGUUGCAUUUGUGUUGAAAGUGCCCAAAGCACAAAUAUUUUUUAAGUAUUGUGAGUUAUGGCUUUUUCCUACAUACAUAUCAUUCAUUCAGGUUCAACCUUUCCCUGUCUAUCACAAUGUCACAUAAUUUAUUUGUAAUUUUGCAUUUAAUUUUAUCACUGCUAAUUUGUUACUGCUGUAAGCUAUUCUCUAAAAAUCAUUGAGGUGAAAUGUAAUUUUCAGUAUGGUUGCUCUAUGUAGACAAUAAAAUGUGUAUUUAUGCAUUUUGGUAAUAAAUACAUUAUUUUGUCAGUAUAAAA